UGGACGCGCAUCUACAGCAUCAUAGCAUACACACCGCCGCGAUGUCGCUGGGAUCCUGAAAAGCCACCGGAGUUCAGUAUGGCACUGAAUGUCCUGUUUGGCUUUGCUGGUGCUUUUACAGUCGCGAAUCUCUACUACAGUCACCCUAUCUUGAAUAUUCUGGCGGAAGAAUUCGAUGUGCCGUAUGAGAAGGUGUCGCAGAUCCCUACCGUCAUGCAGGCAGGGUAUGCAGCAGGUCUUUUGUUUCUGUGUCCAUUGGGUGAUCUCUUGCCUCGGAGACCAUUUGUUCUGUCGCUUGUCUUUUUCACUGCGACCAUGUGGAUUGGCGUGUGUGUGACAAAAGAUUUGGCUGCUUUUACUGCCAUCUCUUUUAUCACGGCCAUCACCACUGUCACUCCACAGCUUAUGCUUCCUCUGGUCGGUGAUCUCGCGCCGCCUAGUAAGAGAGCAGCAUCUCUGUCCAUUGUCACAUCAGGUCUGUUGUUAGGCAUGCUGAUAGCUAGACUGCUUUCUGGUGUAUUGACAAAUUUUACCUCAUGGCGUAACAUAUACUGGCUUGCUCUAGGACUUCAAUACGCCAUCUUCGUUUUGCUUUGGCUCUUCAUGCCAGACUAUCCUUCGACCAACCCGGAUGGUAUAAACUACUUCAAGAUCCUCUGGUCGAUCCUCGAAAUGCUUUUCAAAGAACCAGUACUCGUGCAGGCCUGCUUCGUCACCUUCUUCACGGCUGCAACAUUCACCUGUUUCUGGACGACCUUGACCUUUCUCCUUGCAGGAGCACCCUACAACUACGACUCGUUGACCAUCGGUCUCUUUUCUCUCAUCGGUAUCGCGAGUAUGUUUACCGGACCGUUCUGGGCCAAAUACGUUAUCGAUCGCUUCGUUCCAUUGUUCUCCGUAAUCCUAGGCGAGUUGUGGUGCAUGCUUGGAAUUUGCAUAGGAACGUAUACCGGUCGUAUCACAAUUGCUGGACCAGUCAUCCAGGCCUUCUUCAACGACUUUGGCCUGCAGACGGCCCAGAUUGCCAACAGAAGUGCCAUCUAUAGCAUCGCACCAAAAGCACGUAAUCGUGUCAACACGGCUUUUAUGGUGGCUACGUUCUGCGGCCAACUAGUCGGUACGGCUGCUGGAAACCAUCUUUAUGCAAGAGGCGGAUGGAUUGUCUCAGGCAGCUACAGUGUUGCCAGUAUUGGUGCCGCACUCAUCUGCUGUUUUGCACGUGGGCCAUGGGCGGAAGGGUGGUUCGGAUGGGGUGGCGGUUGGAGCGUCUACAAGAAGAGUGCUCAGAGUGCUGAUGGAAAGGCGGAAGAGAAGCAGACCAUGGGAGCAGUGAAAGCUGAUACAAACGUCGUUCAUGAUCCGGAAAAGGGCGAGACGCAGCAGGAACGAGUCAAUGAUGGUCCCACGGUCGAGAAAGGCAUCGAGAUGCUGGGAGCAGAGGAU